AUGAAUGAUCACGGCACCCCCGACGAGUUUAUGGAUUUGGAAAGACUUGCCGGUCAAUCGAACUACCUCAGAUGGAGUAGUGAUUUUAAACUUAUUGCCCAAUGUAAAGGAGUAUGGUCAAUUAUCGCCGGAGAGGAGGAAAUCCUGGCAAAACCAAAUCGAAGUGAUUACUUUGAGUCAACUGUACGAACCAGCGACAGAUUGAAAUCGAAGGAACCAGCGGUAGAGAAACCUUCGGACCAGCAGACACCUUCGGAUCAAAGCGCAAGAAUCGCCGAAUACCGUCUUGAUCUUGACGAGUAUGAAGACAAUGAACGGAGAGCACGUCUAGCCAUGAUGUUAAUUAUCUACUGGACAGAUCCGUCGAUUCGCGGCACACUACUACAAUAUGAUACCCCAGCCGCCAUAUGGAAGGUGGUGAAAGAUCAGUACCAAAUGUAA